AUGGCACGAUUCGUAAUGGGCAGCUUUGCCCGCUGGUCGAGCAGUGUCCGUCACUCUAUGGUCUCUCAAUCACGGAGCUAUGCAUCAAAAUCAGCGAUCCCCAGUUUCUCUGAAACUUCAUCUUCCCAACUCGAUCAGCUUCUCCAUCGAUUCCGUCAAGACCGCUUCAUCCCAGCAGGACUCCCCAAUCAACAACGCCGCAACAUGUUCAAGGAGAAACACAAGCAGCGACUCGAGGACGAGCCCGUCUCCGUCGCAAUUAACGAGAACGAAGAUUACACCUUGCGACCCAUGUCAGUCGGCGAACUACCCACGAAGAAGGACGCCUAUGAAGUGUUGCGACUCAUCGCUGCGAAUAAUGAAUGGAAGGCACUCUUGCCCUUCCUGAGUGGUCUAUACAUGUCUCAUUUCCGCCUGAACCCCAAUCGCUUCGCACAGCUUGUACGCAAGGCUAGCGAGGCUGGCAAGCUUUCCAUCAUCAUGGAGUGUGUUCGUCAGGCUCACCGCACUGGGUUCCACCUCCGUGAUCUGACGGUUGUCGAGCGUCUCUUCUACGAUAUCCAUGUCCUUGCGCACAGCGCAGAUUUCCAGGGACCCGCACUCAACAAGGCUCUCAAUCUGGCCAAACAAGCCGUCGAUCUGAUGGAUCAGGACACUUCUUCACAACAAUCAGCCUUGAAUACCAAAAACCCCAAAACUCAGCCGUCUGUGAUCGGUACCCUUCUCGAACUCACUGCUGCCCGGGCUAUCAACGAGUUUGGCGGCAAAGAUCAGGCGAACGAGGUUCUUGGAUACGCGCGCAAGCUGAUCGCUGCCCGUCCCUUAUACCAGGAGCAGAAAGCCCUGGCAGCUCAGAGCGGCGCUGCUACGGAGCGUGCUCAGCAGAUUUUGCCCGUCUACAAUGGAUUACGGCUUUCCAUCUCUAUUCACGGCUUGGCCUUGGAUAAGGCUCUUCACGACCUUGUGACGGCCUUCCAGGAGGAGGCCAAGAUUGAGCUCGAGAGUAUUGUCGACAAAAUCGACAAGCCCCAGGUUCAGAAUCUGGUGCAGUCAGUCCUGCAGGCGUGA